CGAAGCCGUGAAUAUGCACCACAUCUCUCUCAACUUAACUCUAGUUGUGCCUAACUAACCUAGCUAAGAGAAACAAUGGCCAUCAUGUCUCUAGUAGACUGCUUGUUGCCUCAUCAACAAUGGCAAUGGCAGCUCACCUUCUCUGUAAUUCUCCUCGCCCAUGCUCUUGCAACAAAAAGGAGAGGCUUCUCUUCCACAGGCCGCCGCCUCCAGCUGCCGCCCGGUCCACGGGGGCUGCCUGUCCUGGGCAACCUGCACCAGAUCAUGGGCGCGCUGCCCCACCGGAGCCUGCGUGCGCUGGCGCGGCAGCACGGGCCGGUCAUGCAGCUGCGUCUGGGCAGCGUUCCGACGGUGGUGGUGUCGUCGGCGGAGGCGGCGCGGGAGGUGAUGAAGGCGCACGACGCCGACUGCUGCAGCCGGCCGGACACGCCGGGGGCGCGGCGGAUGUCGUACGGACACAAGGACGUGGCGUCCGCGCCCUACGGGGAGUGCUGGCGCGAGAUGCGCAGGCUCUUCGUCGUCGAGCUCCUCAGCAUGCGCCGCGUCCACGCCACCUGGUACGCCAGGGAGGCCGAGGUGGACAAACUCAUCGGGCGCUUGAGCAGCGCCGGAGGGAUACCAGUGUACCUGCAAGAUCACAUCUUCCGGCUCAUGGACGGCAUCAUCGGCACGGUGGCGCUGGGGAGCAUCUACGGCUCGGAGCAGUUCGCGCACAAGAAACACUUCCACGUCCUGUUCGACGAGGCCAUGGGCGUGAAGAGCAGCUUCUCCGCCGAGGACUACUUCCCCAACGUCGCCGGCCGGCUCGUGGACCGCCUCACCGGCCUCGUCGCCCGCCGCGAGAAGGUGUUCUGGGAGUUCGACGCUUUCUUCGACAAGAUCAUCGACGAGCACCUUGUUAGUCCGUCACGCGGCACUCCAGAGAACAGCCCCGACUUCGUCGACGUCCUCAUUGGCCUCACCAAGGAGAACAAGCAGGGCUCCUUCAGGUUCACUAGAGACCACAUCAAGGGGAUGCUGUCGGAUACGUUCAUCGGCGGCGUUGACACCAGCUCGGUCACCAUGGUUUGGGCAAUGGCGGAGCUGAUCCGAAACCCGCGGGUGCUGAAGAAGGUGCAGGACGAGAUCAGGGCGGCGGUGGGCGACAAGGAGAGGGUGCAGCCGGACGACCUGCCCAAGCUCAGGUACUUCAAGAUGGUGCUCAAAGAGACGCUACGGCUGCACCCGCCGGCGCCGCUUCUGGCUCCGCGGGAGAGCCUGCGGCACGUCAGGAUCUGCGGGUACGAUGUGCCGGCCAAGACCAGGCUCUUCGUCAACGUGUGGGCGAUUGGCAGGGACCCUGCGAUCUGGAGCGACCCCGAGGUGUUCGACCCGGAGAGGUUCGAGGGGAGCGACGCCGACUUCAACGGGGCGCACUUCGAGCUGCUGCCGUUCGGCGCCGGACGCAGGAUGUGCCCCGGGAUGGCCAUGGGAGCGGCUACGGUGGAGUUCACGCUGGCCAACCUGCUCCACUGCUUCGACUGGGAGCUCCCGGAGGGGAUGACGGCAGAGGACGUGAGCAUGGAGGAGGCGGGAGGGCUCACGGUCAAUAAGAAGGUUCCCCUCGUGCUCGUGCCCACCAGAUACUGA